CUUGUGCUCUGCGAUCCCGGCCGGCGCGGCACAGGGUGGUGCCCGUAUCUGACCGAUAUUGUUGGAGCAGCGCCCGUUGAUACAUAGAUAACAAGGCGGUAUUCCCCCUUCCAAGGGAGGGAGCCUUCUGUGUUGGCUCCAUUACCUAUUUCUCUUUGUCCUUUGUUCUCUCUCUUGGAUUGUUUAUCUCCCUGUCUAAAAAACACAGCAUUGACAGCCGCUAGAUCUAGAUCACGCACUGCAUUUGCUGCACAGCUGCAGGUCACCCGCCCUAGCGACGCCGACAGCAGCCGAGAUCCCAGCUCGGUAUAAGAACCAAUGGCACCCUCCCGCCUCAGCGACAUUGCAGACAUUGCGCUGCCAACGACAAAGUCUACCAGCGCAACUGAUACUGUCACCACUCUCCCAGACACUCCCGCCUCGAGCGUUGGCUCUCGCACUUUCGGCAGAAGCAUCAUGAACACAUCGUUGAUCGAGAGCAAGUUCCUCAGCCACCCCGAGGAUUUGGGUGUGGUGGCUGUUGGUUUCUCGGGGGGUCAGUGCAAACCAGGUGUUGACGCUGCGCCAUCAGCGCUCAUCGAAGCCGGCCUCCUCACCCAGAUCCGCGACGAGCUCGGUUACAACCUCCACGGCCAUGACACAGUCCACCUCUACACUGACCUUGUGCCCAAGGAGGACCCCGACUACCGCAACAUGAAGAACCCCCGCGCCGUCUCUGCCGUGACAAAGAAGAUCGCCGAUCAGGUGUACAACCAGGCCAAGGAGGGGAGACUGGUCUUGACUCUGGGUGGUGAUCACAGUAUUGCCAUUGGCACCAUUGGUGGUUCGGCCAAGGCUAUCAGGGAAAGGCUGGGCAGAGAGAUCGCCGUCAUCUGGGUGGACGCGCACGCCGAUAUCAACACCCCCGAGACCAGUGGGAGUGGUAACAUCCACGGCAUGCCUGUUAGCUUCUUGACUGGGUUGGCCAAGGAAGACAAGGAGGAUGUCUUUGGGUGGAUCAAGGAUGAGAACAGGAUCAGCGUCAAGAAGAUCGUGUACAUUGGUCUGAGAGAUGUUGAUGCCGGCGAGAAGAGGAUCUUGAGGGAGAAUGGGAUCAAGGCGUUUAGCAUGUUUGACAUUGACAGACAUGGCAUCGGCCGCGUGAUGGAGAUGGCUCUCGGUCACAUUGGCAGCGAUACCCCGAUCCAUCUGUCGUUCGACGUGGAUGCGCUUGACCCCAUGUGGGCGCCAUCGACCGGCACCCCUGUCCGUGGAGGCUUGACGCUGCGCGAGGGUGACUACAUCUGCGAGUGCGUGCACCAGACGGGCAGCUUGGUGGCUGUUGACUUGGUGGAAGUCAACCCCAGCCUGGCGCCUGCUGAAGACAUCGGGGCUCACGAGACGGUUAGGGCCGGUUGCUCCCUUGUUCGGUGCGCACUCGGCGAGUCUCUUCUGUAG